AAAGUGAUGGAAAAUUACCGCUGGAAUUUUACUUUAGGAACAAAAUCUGCUGCUAGCAGAUCGCUAUUUACAUCAAAAGGGACAAAAAUAGGGCACUUUUAUUGUGCUGCAUUGGCGAACACGCAAAUUUUCAUUCAAACAUAUUGAUUUUUCCUGUACCGACAUGGUCGUCUGCCCUCCCUACUGUGUAUGCUACUCCUCCCCAUACCGUCAAUGCGACAGUCCAACAUGGCUACCGGUGGCUCUACUGGAAUGGGGGAUCAACAUUGGUUGGUCGUUGUCGGCGUUAGCGGCGCCCUGUGUGCCGUCGUCUACACAGAUAUAGCUAACCUUGACAUGCUGCAGACAGCUGCUCGAGGGCUGUUCCUGCUGGGAAUCCUGACAGCUGCUGUCCACUUGUCAUGGAACAGGAUAGCUGCGCUGUUCAAGAGGCACCCAGAAACGCCUCCUCAACGAGAGGAAGAUGAGGCUGUUUUACAGCAAAGACUGCAAGAAGCCCGUGAGAGAGUACAAAAGGACCACGAAGCCAAGGCUAGUGAUUACGCUGAGAGAAUUCUGAAACCAAAGGAGGCAGCAGAACUGGAGAAGAAGGAGAAGGAACACUACAGGUUCAUCGGGGGGCCAAAGUUCAAAGGGCAAGGCUGGGCUCUGGGGUAUGGAGAUGGAGAAACACACGAAGGAGGUGGUCAGGCGGCCGGGAGCGCCAAGGAUGCAGCAGUAGCGCGGAAACUCCCGGAGAGCGCCAUCCCCAAACCUGCACAGCAAACUGCCGAGGCCAAACCCAGAACAAGGAGGGUGAUCACAUUGCCACAGGAACCAGCUAUUGGCGAACCAGAGACCGUGACUGUCGGACUGAAAUGCCCCAACGGAAAAAUCCACCGAAGAAGAUUUCACACCAACACUGCAGUACAGCUCCUGUAUGACUGGAUGCAGACCCUGGGCUACCACCCGUCUGUCUACGGCAUCAGCAGCACAUUCCCCCGCCGGAGCUUCGACUCCAGCCGCGACGGAACCCUCGCGCAGGCCGGCCUCACCUCGGACAUGGUCGUCAUGGUGGACGAGAGGGACUCGGAGGAGGAAGGAGACUGACUGCACGCCGCAGAAAUCGCGCGAUCUGCAGUUAAAACUUUUGGUCCAACACAAGACAAUAGGGAAAUGUUCUUUCUUUAUUUCAGGCAUAACUCGCCCAUAUAAAACAUACAGAUAAAAAUACAAUGUACACACAAUGACAGCAGUAAAAAAAUAUGUCUAUAUGUACAGACGGGCCCAGAUAUUGCGGAAGAAUCUGUUGCGGAAUAUUACAUCAGAUUUGAAAACAGAUUGGAUAAUGUUAUUUGAUGACUUGUACAGACGGGAUAUGAAAGAAUAACAUUGUUAGCGCCAUGUAGCAUCGAAUGUUCUCUCCUAGAGCUUUCGACUAGUCACUCUGGUCUUCCUCAGUAGAUUGGCCCAGUUUUAACUUUCAACAAUCAUGUAGCUACCAACACAGAUGAACUUUUAUGAUAGUUGACAAGUUGUUGCCCUCCACGAAGAUAUUUAGGCAAAAUUUACGAAAUACGUAUGGAGAUUAAUAUUGUAUUGGACCCUGUCUGGCCAAUGGAUACUGUCUUUUGCCUCCCUAGGAUCUACUUAAAGGCAGUGUGAAACUCAAUUAAAGGCUACUAUAUAUAAAAAUAU